CUCCAGCAGCAGCAGCAUCUCCCCAGACAGAUGGUCCAGGGUCAGAGGAACCCCUACCCACAGGUCAACCAGUAUCAAGGAUCACCCCAGGAGAUGGCGGUGAGGAGCCAGGCCCUCCAGAACAUCCGCGCCACCCGCCUCCUCCAACAACAACAACAACAACAGAACCAGCAGAUGGUCCAGAUGAACCAGGGCAUCCCAGGGGGCUCAGUGGGUCCCCAACCCGACAUGGGCCUCCCCUACGGCGGGCAGGGGUCCGGCCAGCAGUCCCUCUACAGCCUCAACCCCUCCAUGAGCCAAAUGAUGCAGCACCAGAACCAAAGCGUCCAGGCCUCCAUGGGUCUUCCACCAGGACACAACCCAGCGGCGCAGGUCCAGAGGCAGGCGGGAGGAGGGGUUGGAGGUGGAGGAGGAUACGGAGGACCACAGGGGAUGAUGAUGAACUCCAUGUCCCAACAGCCCCUCAAGGGGCCGCCUAAAGCCCAGGCCCAGAGGUUGCAGGGCAUGCUGGGAAUUGGAGGAGGACCACAGGGAGGGAUGGGAGGGUGGCCACCCCAGCAGGGGCAGUCCCUCCAGGGGAUGGGAGGGCCAGGAGGGGUAGGAGGACCAGGCAGGACUACAGGCGAUAUGGUGGGCUUUGGCUCGGCCCAGGGGGGCUACGGCCCCAUGCAGCCUGGACCCGGACAACAGCCUCCACACCCACGCCUGGCCAAGCAACACUUCCCUGGGCACCCACAGGGCCACCCCCAGGCUAUGGGUCAGGGCCAGCCUAUGGACCCCAGGGCUAUGAACCCUGCGGCCGGCAUGAUUGCCCCUCACAUGGCUGGACCAGGACAGCCAAGGACCAACCAGCCCAGACCCAUGGUAAUGCCGGGACAGGGGGUGAUGGGCCAGGGCGUGCCCAACAUGGGGGCCUUUGGACAGGGGCCGGCAAUGGGGGUGGGCCCUGGAGGUGGUGGAGGGUAUGUGGGACAAGGGGGGGUAGGGGUCGGAGGUCAGCCUCAGGGCUACCAGAGGACGUCUAGUCAGGACCUGUCAUCUUAUGGAUACGUUGGCGGGCAGGUGGCGCCGUCGGGCGGAGGGUUCGGAUUGGUCGACGGGACAGGGGCGGACUUGGACUCAAGUGACGGUUGGAUGGAAGAGUUCUUCCCCAACCAAUAGCAGAGCUGGAAAUGUAGUGGGGAGUUUUUACUGGAGGGACUAACGACAAAACUGCGUGGGGAAAACUUUAUUGAGACGAGAGAACUGGACAGACCGACGGACAGUCGGCAUAUUUUGUUUUGUAAAGCAUGAACGGACAGGAAGAGUUCUGUGUCGUGUGUGUGUGUGUGUGUGUGUGUGUGUGUGUGUGUGUGUGUGUGUGUGUGUGUGUGUGUGUGUGUGUGUGUGUGUGUGUGUGUGUGUGUGUGUGUGUGUGUGUGUGUGUGUGUGUGUGUGUGUGUGUGUGUGUGUGUGUGUGUGUGUACUGUCACGGUAUUUAAAAGGCCUCUAAUGGUAAACGCGGUCUGGUGGUGAAAUAUCAUUCAAGAAAGGGAAGUGGUUUUGUCCUUUUGGGCCGUGAUUUAAACCCAACCCUUUAGCAGUGUGUCAACUGGGCCGUGAUUUAAACCCAACCCUUUAGCAGUGUGUCAACUGGGCCGUGAUUUAAACCCAACCCUUUAGCAGUGUGUCAACUGGGCCGUGAUUUAAACCCAACCCUUUAGCAGUGUGUCAACUGGGCCGUGAUUUAAACCCAACCCUUUAGCAGUGUGUCAAAUGGGCCGUUCAGACAGGAGAGACUGAGACUGACUACAAGACAGGAGAGACUGAGACUGACUACAAGACAGGAGAGACUGGGACUGACUACAAGACAGGAGAGACUGGGACUGACUACAAGACAGGAGAGACUGAG